GGGGGGGGGGGCAGCGCUUGGAGCGCGUGCGUGUGCUGAGGGGAGACGGGUGGCCCGGCUCGGCGGCGGACCAACGGCCGUAACGGAUGCAACGGUCGGAACGGUUCCAACGGUUUUAGCGGCCCUAACGGCGGCCGCAGCAGCCGUCUUCUCCUCCUCUUCCUCCGGCGGCGGCCGGGCUGCCGGAGUCUUUAACUCCUAAUAGGAAACUGGAAUGGAGAGCACAGUAUCGGUCACAUUCCUUGUGUUGUUUUCCAUACUAUUGUGUGAAAGUUAUCAUCAUGGAGUGGAGACGGGGACAGUUGUGCAGACAUUGGAGAGAACUUUUCCGGAAAAGGCAGCCAGUGUUAACGUUGACUUGGCAGGACUAAUACAGAAACUCCACCUUCAAGAACUUUUUCGUCGUUAUGGGGAAAAUAACUCUCUGACGAUUGAAGGAUUUAGAAAACUGCUCCAGAACAUAGGUAUAGAUAAGAUGAAAAGGGUUAAAAUAGACCAUGAUCAUGACCAUGAUCAUCAUCUUCAUCAUAACCACGUUUCACUGAGUAAAAACGCGGAGAAGACUGUUUGUCCAAACCACGAAUCUGAUGCUGGUAAAGGCCCCCAGAACAGUCGUUCGAAAGAACCUCAUAAAGCGGAGAACGUAGAUCAUCAGCAGAACUUGGUACGCAGCAAGAACACUGUUAAUGAAAUAGUGGUGUCUAUCAACACUACCCCCACAGAUGGCAAUCCUGAGCUGCAGAGUCUGGAUCCUGGAGAAGGCAAGUCAGUUGCUCGGUUAGGUCUGACUAGCUCUAACGCCAUUAACAUCACAGAUGGCAGCAAUACCAGUUGGCUUGCUAACAGCAAAGCAAAUGAAUCUCUUGCUUCUCCGAAGGAAUCAGAAAGAGGAAGUUACCUGUAUUCUAAACUUAAAAACCAAAAUACCCAAGAGUGCUCCAGUGCAUCCAAGCUGAUGCAGUCCCACGGAAUAGGCACUCAGGCUCUGUUGACUGCUACGGAAUUUAGCUAUCUUUGUCCAGCUCUUAUUAAUCAGAUUGAUGGCAAGUGCUGCAUAGUCCAUGCAAGUACUGAAAAAACUGAAACUCCUCCAAAAGGUUACUCUUUGCAAAUAGCUUGGAUUGGUGGCUUCAUAUCCAUCUCCGUCAUCAGUUUUCUUUCCUUAUUAGGUGUUAUAUUGGUACCUCUGAUGAAUCGUGUAUUUUUCAAAUUUCUUCUAAGUUUCCUUGUGGCAUUGGCUGUGGGGACUUUAAGUGGAGAUGCCUUCUUACAUCUCCUUCCGCACUCUCAUGGAAACCACCACCAUCACCACGAAAAGCCUCCCCUUGAACAAAACAAAGGUCCUCUGUUCAAACAUCUUGUUUUUCAAAGUACAGAGGAGAGUGCUUACCUGGAUUCUACGUGGAAGGGACUUACAGCACUUGGCGGCUUGUAUUUCAUGUUUCUAGUGGAGCAUUUGAUCACUUUAAUAAAGCAGUUCAAAGACAAGAAGAAAAAGAAAAAAAAUGAAGAUGAUGGAGAAAGUAAGAAGUUUUCAGCGAAUGAAGAAAAGUUAGAUACAGAUGAUCGGUCUGAGGGCUAUCUAGGGACAGACUCACAAGAUCCAUCGCCCUUCAUUUCUCAGCAGCCAGCCAUGCAAGAAGAAGAAGAAGUCAUGAUAGCUCAUUCUCAUCACGAGGAGGUUGACAAUGAAUAUGUGUCCAGGGGCUGUAGAAACAAAUGUCAUUCUCACUUACACGAUACUCUGGGACAGACGGAUCAUCUCAGCCACCACCACCAUGAUUACCACCACAUUCUGCAUCAUCAUCAUCAUCAGAACCAUCAUCCACACAGUCACAGCCAGCGCUACUCGCGUGAGGAGCUGAAGGAUGCUGGAAUAGCAACUCUGGCCUGGAUGGUGAUCAUGGGAGACGGACUGCACAACUUCAGUGACGGCCUAGCAAUUGGAGCAGCCUUUACCGAAGGGUUAUCAAGUGGUUUAAGCACUUCUGUGGCUGUAUUUUGCCAUGAAUUACCUCAUGAACUAGGAGAUUUUGCUGUGCUUCUGAAGGCUGGUAUGACUGUCAAGCAAGCCGUGCUUUACAAUGCGCUGUCAGCAAUGUUAGCCUAUCUUGGAAUGGCAACCGGGAUCCUUAUCGGUCAUUACGCCGACAACGUUUCCAUGUGGAUAUUUGCACUUACUGCUGGCUUGUUCAUGUAUGUGGCUCUUGUGGAUAUGGUGCCCGAAAUGCUUCACAACGAUGCUAGUGACCAUGGAUGUAGCCGCUGGGGAUACUUCCUCUUGCAGAAUGCUGUGCUUCAGUGUCAUCAGCUCUGGCUCAUGGAGAACUGGUCAGUUUCUGGCAUGUGCACAUUGCUGCUAUCUUCUUCAGAAAAACAAAUACACGUGAAGGGGCGGCCGUGCGAGGACUUCUGCGUGCUGCAGCACUCCAACAGAAUCUGCGUCAUCACCUUGGCAGAAGCCCACCCUCUUCUUCAAAAUGGAAAAACAAUUAAAAGUAUUAAUUACCAAAUCAGCCCCAACUGUAGCAGACUUCAGAAUAAGGUCUCUGGGAAGUCAAAAAGGGGAGCUCAGUUUUUAACAGAACUUGCCCCACUGUGCAGGAUAUCCUCAACAGAUGGAGAAGAGUACACCAUUUAUAGUUGUAUACGAGGGCGACUGAUAGAAGUGAAUGAAAACAUUCUUAGCAAUCCAGCUAUUUUGCAAGAAAAGCCAUCAACUGAGGGAUACAUUGCAGUGGUUCUACCCAAAUUUGAAGAGAGCAAGAGUAUAACUCAGGGACUUCUGACGCAGGAGGAAUACGAGGAAGUUUUGUUGAAACGUCGUAAUAAUUCUGCAUGAAGUUAAUUAUACAGGCAUCAUCUGUAUUUGAUAUUUAAUAAGUUUCUUGGACACUGUAACUUUCAUAGGAUCGAAAGGCCUGUGUGUCUGUUUUUAAACGUGGAACUUAAAACACUGGUUUCACACAAGAAUAAAACAGUCCAUUUUGUAUAUGAAAA